AUCUCCCCGCCGGGCGCCGGGAGGCGCGUCGCGGCGGCGAAGGUGGGUGCGCGCCUUGCGGGCCUCUGGGAGCUCGGGACCCCCUCCGUCUGCGCCUGGGACCUGGUCCCGGAGCCCGCGAGACUCCCGUCUGGGACGCGAUCCCCGAGCUCCCUGCCCUCAGCCUCCGGCCUCGCAGACCGGGUUCUGCAGCUCAUCCACCAGGACUUGCGUCUGCCCACAGGCCCUCCUUCGCCUCACUUGUUUGGCCCUAGGAUACGCCCCCGUGCCGGACUAGUCAUCCGCGAGUGCCAGGAGGGGUCGACUCCACGGAGGCACGUGAACACUCCCAGGAAGCCCUGGGCAACUCCAGCUCAGCCGCUGCAUGUUUUUUGAGCAGCUUUCCUUCGGGUCGGCUGGCCUGGCUACACCAAGAUGCAAGGCGGGCAGGAGGUGGGGAGAGAGUCAGUGAGUGACCUCGCAGAGGAGCCUGGAGAGGGGUCCCCCCACCAGACAGCUAGAGGACAGAGUGGUGAUGGUUUGGAACGGAGGCGGAUCUGCUGCGACGGUCCCGUGGUUCUGCCGGACACGAACGCUAACAGCUCCAGGCUGGAUGAGGGUCUUCCCACCAGCUGUCCACACCCGGGGGAGCUCAGCGGCGGGUGGGGAGAGUUCGAAGGCUUCCGGGAGUCUUCAGCUAAGUCGGAGCAGUUUUCUCAGUCUUUUGAACUCCUGGGGAGAGCCACGGAAUGUCAGCCGCUGAGAACCCCUUCAGUCCCCGAAGAGGGCAGUUCUUGCCAGGUGCAGCAGGGUGGACCCUGGGUGACAGGAACUGCUGCUGGCCCAUCUUCAGAGUCCAUUCCCAGCUAUGAGAAGGUUUUUAGGCUUGCGUUUCAAGAAGUCGCCGUGGAACAGGCUCCUGAAGACGUUUGCUCCCUGGACCAUUUCUUGGAAAGAAGCAAUGAAGGGGCUGCAUCUGUGCCGAGACUCUGUUCUGAAUCUAGGAAGCUCUGGAGAGCCCUGCAGAACACCGACACUGCGUCUGCUUCGAGGUGUCUCUGGGGCGAAUCUCACUGUCGGGAAAACCUCCUUCCUGUGCUUGGUGUAGACGCUGCUCAGAAGAGCCCCCCUGGAGGCCAGGGUCAUGUCCUGGAAGGUUCUGACUUGAGAAAACCUGAAGAGCUGCUGGCUGUCAGCGGUUUCCACCUGCACCACUGCAAAGCCCUGAUUCAGACCAAGCUCUCAGGGACGUCCAGUAGCAGACAGGGCAGCCUGAUUACCUACAGCCUGUUUCUGAAGACACCGCUCCAAGGGAACGGGCGCUACAUCACCAUUCCACAAAAAAAGAUCUUUACUCCACGCAACCUGAAAAUGGCAUUCUUUAAUAAUGAUGUCUGCUAAAAACAGGAGUACUUUGUACCUUUAUGAGAUGUUUUACAUUUUCUUACUGGCUUGCUUUGGUACUAGAACUUGAGAAUUCUGUGGCACUGUUUCCCAGUUCCAUGUUAGUUUCCUAGGACCUCUGUCAAACUACCGUAUAACACGUGCUCAGGUCUGAUAGGGAGCACCGAUGAUAAGGGGCAGAGCCAGUCUCCAUGGAGUUUCUGGGGACACUGUAGGCUGGUACCAGGUACCUGUUGACCCCUGCGUGGCUCACAGUUGGAUCCAUGAGUUCAGAAGUCAGAAGAUAGCUGCUGAUCACUUGCAGGAACAUGACCUGGCCCUCCCCCGUGCUGUUUCCUGGGGUGUUAUACCUAUCUUUCUCUGUGUUGGAUCCUCACCCAGCAGCCUCGGGGACAAGCUUCCCUCUGAGUGGGAGGGUGGGAGGACACACUGGGUGUCCCUUGGUCAUCUGCUGAGACAAGGGUUUUACUCCAGAGGCAUACACAAGCAGGCAGUGCUGCAUUUUGUAAACUUUUAUUAAAAAGAACUGUGU